AAAUGAACACAAUACUCGGUAAAUCUUGCAACUCUAGGUUUUUAAAACUAUUAUUAACACAAGCAUCGUCUAACGUGUUACGCGUUUCCAAUCGGACGCAAUGCUACAAACCGGUAAGCAGGAGGGCGAUAGCAGAAAUCAAAAAUCUGCGACGGGAUCUACCCAGUGAAAGCAACAAUGGAGCUGACCGGCGUACACUUGCGGAAACUUUGCAUGCGCGGAUACGUGCGACGGGACCAAUAACGGUUGCCACCUAUAUGAGGGAAGUUCUACUCAAUCCGUCGGCCGGAUACUACAGCACGAAGGACCAAGUGUUCGGUAGCAGCGGUGAUUUCAUCACAGCUCCAGAAGUUGGACAAAUCUUUGGGGAGCUAAUUGCCGUCUGGUGUAUAAAUGAGCUGCAAAAGUUUAACUACGAUGGCGAAAUACAACUCGUUGAGCUUGGCCCCGGAAAGGGCACGUUAAUGCAAGACAUGCUCCGUGUCCUCGAGCGGUUCGGACUCUCGAAAGACCGGCUGAGUGUCCAUUUGGUAGAAAUGAGUCCACACUUGCAACGGAUGCAAGGUGAACGUCUUUGCGACGGGAAGGUGCAUCGUACCACCGUGGAUCAACAUGAGUCACACGUGCAGCAAGGCUUGACCAGUGCCGGUGUUGGCGUUCGAUGGUACACCGAUAUCGUGGAGGUACCGAAAAAAUUCUCCAUCGUUAUUGCGAACGAGUUUUUCGAUGCCCUACCGGUGCAUAUAUUUUGCAAAGAAUCCACCGAAGCUGGAUCAGCAUGGAAGGAAGUUUUAGUCGACAUCGACGCCAAACAAACGGGACCUGCCUUCCGGUUCAUUCAGUCGAGCAAAGCGACUCCCUACUCGGUGGUGUUUGGAAAACGAUUCAAUGAAAAUGAAUCGCUGUUGCAAGAGCGGAACCGUGUGGAAGUUUCCUUCGAAGUAGAACAAUUCGCCCAAAGUUUAGCAACGCGAUUCGACGCCUAUGGAGGGUUUGGUCUGGUCAUCGAUUACGGCCACGAGGGAAACAAAAUGGACACAUUUAGAUCUUUCAAGCAACAUAAGCUACACGAUCCACUUCAGGAUCCGGGAAGCGCUGAUCUGACCGUAGAUGUGGAUUUUGCAUUUUUGAAACAUUUUCUAGAACAAGAUGAAAAAGCCUUCACACUCGGUCCUGUGGGACAAGGUGCGUUUCUCGAAGCAAUGCAGGGCUCGGAACGAUUGAAGAGCUUGUUGAAUGUUACAACUGAUGAUAAAUACCGCCAAAUAUUAAAAGAUGGUUACGAUGUACUAACAAACCCAGAAAAAAUGGGGGAACGCUUCAAGCUGUUGUCAAUUUUCCCUGCUUCUUUGAAAAAUCACCUUUUAACCUCGAACAAAGUUGUAGGGUUUGAAAAGUAAUCCGUACGGAAUAGCAAAAUAAAAACAGAAGAAUACAA